AUCUUCUGAACACUUACAUAGACACACAUCUAAUCAAUGUUAGCUAGAAAUCAUGUUAGCCUGCUAGCCGACUUUGGUAAACAACAUUGCUAGCAUGCUAACAGUAAAGUACCAUAACGUAGCUAGCCAGAUUGGCCAGAUAAUGCUUACAAAUUGAGAGAGAAACAUACUUUUUUUUCUAUGUAUUAUUCUGACAUAUAAAUGUUUAUCUCGACUGUUAUAUUAUGAUCUAAAAUCAGUUAAAUCAGUUAAAUGUCAAACCAGCCAGUGAGCUACCUGCUAACGUGUAGCUAGCUAAAUUGAGUAAUGGUCCAGUCCCAGUUUAACUAAACGAAGACAAUUGUCUCCGUGUGAUUACAGCACUUUUUCUUACAGUGUAAGUGUGGUGUGAGGAGACCGAAGGUGAAGGCGGUAUGAGCAUGAUGAUGAAAGACGACGGGAUUGUAACCACGAUGGGCAAAUCUAAAACAAAGAGACUAGAAAUGUCCAAACCUGAUUCCGAAAGGGAUUCUGGUUUCUCGGACACUAGUUCAGAGCACCUGAGUGUAGUUGAUCAGACAGACACAGAGGAUGUAGCACGCAGGAUGAAGCAAGCAGUGUCAGGUUCCAGGUCUCAGACUUCUCAGCUGGCUGUCAUUGGAGGAUCAUUCCAAAGCCUGUCACCCAUGAUCAUCAUGAAUAAUGUUCUUCUCAAACAGCCUGGUGAUAACCCUCCCUCUGUGAAACCAUGGGGCUUCAGUCCAGCUGUUGAGGUUGUUCAGCAACCCCAGGUAGUCUUCCUCCAACCAGUACUAUCGCAGAGAAAUGUUUCAGAGCCAAAAGGACCACCCUUUAAGCGUCGUAAGCACAAGAAGUAUCUCCCUAUCCUGAAAUCCUACCCCAAAAUUGCCCCCCACCCAGGGGACAGCCCACGCAGUAGCUGUACUAGCAGCAGCAGCUCCAUUGUCACUGCAUCAGUGAAGAGUUCCAGUUCAUCUUCAAGCUGUUGGGAUUCUCCUGAUAGAGACAGGCAGCAAGCUGUACAAACUAGUCCUGGAUUCCUUACUCCAAACCACAUUACACCAUCCAGGCAUCAUACAGCAUCACCGGAGCCCCAGGCUCCACUUACUGAUUCUCACACUGCCAGUUAUCCUGGUGUGGAAAAGCCUAUAGCUGAAAGGCUGGAGUCCACAACAGAACCUACAGAAAUGCAUGUCAAGACAUUACAGACCCAACCACAGGCUGCCUUGAAAGAUGACAUUUGCCAGAACAGUGACUCUGAUAGCAAUGACAAGAGGAUGCGUUUCUGCAACACCUACAAUAUUUUAAGUAAAUCAGGCCUGCUGGACAUUACACUGCGUACUAAAGAGUUGAUACGACAGAAUCGGCGCACUCAGGUAGAGCUGGAUCAACUCCGGGAGCACACAAACCUGUUUAUGGAGGCCAUACAAACAGGAGACUUGUGUAUCUGGAGCAAACUACAGAUGAGUAUGCAGGAAGAACUUGAGAAGUCUUUGAAUACUGGACCAGAGACACAAAUGGAUCAUUUGAUGUAGGACACUUGAACCAAGAAAGAUGAAACUUUUUUGAAAGUGGUUGUGCAAAUAUUACUAGUCCUUGAUCCUUUUAUUCCAUUGUGAUGGAAUGUUCCUAAAUUUGGGAACUUCCAACAUCUGCGUUAUUGUCAUCAAAGAUGAACAAUAUAUUUGAGCCCUGUGGUAACAUUGCUCCAAGCACAUGGGACAGCAGGUACAGCAGGUAGCUCACUACUCCAUGGUCCAUUGUUCAAUUAUGAGUUCCAGAGACUGUCUGUGUGGAGUUUCACACUGUACUACUUGCUGCUUACCUCCUAAAAACAUGCCUGAUAGCUGGAUUGGCUAAUUUAAAUUGCCCCAAAAUGUGAAUUAUGUGCAGUGUUAUGGCAUCCUAUCCAGGGGGCAUUCCCAUCUCACUCCAAGCAUGGCCAGGGUAGGCUCUAGAACCACUGUGACCAGGAUAGAGCAAUUACUGAAGGUUCAUUUAUAAUGAAAUAGUUAAAUAGAACCAUGACUACAGCAGGAAUGUUGUAAAAUGGAACUAAUAUGUCAGACCUUAGUAAAGUCUUUUUGUCUGUACUUAUGAAAAACCAUAUUUAUACAUCUUAUCUGCAGGCAGUUUUGAAAUGGCUUUAAUUUUUGUCUCAAUAAUAUAGCUAGAUUGUGUUGUUUACAUAGUAUUAGCAAAAUUAAGAAUGUGCUUAUGGACUGCUGAAUGCAAACCGGUAAUAUAAAAACAAGGAUACCGAUUUAAAAAAAAAACAUUCACAUAUCAGCAGGCAAAGCAGGCUGGUAUGUUAAUGCUCUGUAGAGUCAUGUGACAUUAAUAUUAGUGAUAGUACAAACAGGUAAUCAGUAGUCAGUCUUUUGUAGUGCUUUAGCUACUACAAUAUUUAUAAGAUCAGCUCAGUGCUGUAAUAAUUUUGUGCCUGUAGCAUGGACUCUUCAGAUGCAACUCUUGCAGUGUUUGCAGCAGUUCUCUGUUGUGCGUCUUUUACCUACGUUACCUAUAUACCAUAUAGAUAUAGUAGCAUUACUAGAUUUAUAAAGAUCCAAGAAAAGCGGUUUCAGAGUAUGCAUUGUUCCUCAGCCAAAAGGAAGAGCAUUAUUGCUUGAUCAGAUGGCUCUCAAGUAUCUUUUAAAUGCCCAAGGCAGAUGUGAGAGCCUCUUAAUUGAAUCCUUAAUUGUAAAACCAGUUGCCUUAAACCUCACCACUGAAAAAUACAUUUGUCAGCAUAGAUGAAAUAUACAGUUUUCAGAAUAUGUGUAUUGUGUGUCCAGUCAAACUUGUCUUUUUAAUAUUAAUACACAAUUCAGUGUCCCAAACAAUUUUUAAUGCUUUUAAUAUUGCCCCCCCAUUAUCAUAAAUUGUUCUGUAAAUUAACAUUAACCAAAAUUUCUCUGUAGCUUAUAUCUUAAGCAAAUGAUGUUAGUUUGAAAAACUUUUUUUAACGCGAUGACUAUUGCACAGGACCCUCUUCUUCAAACACAGCUUUUCUAACAUUUCUUGUCUAAACCUUCAGUUUACAGAGAUCCUGAUGAUGAAAUCUAUUAAGGUGAUGGAUUUUUAUUGUAUUUAGUCUCAGCAUCAUUACAAAAAGAUAUGAGAUCUACUUAAGGGUUUGGACAAGAUCAAAUGAUUUCUGUGUAUUACAGUAAAAGGAAUUGGUGUGAGCAGGAAGCCCAUAUACUGACAGUCUUUUUAUUUGUACAUUCAGGCAUAAUAGAAAGAAAGCUUUUCAUAGCCAGGUGGAUAUUAUCUAGGCAGUUAUCACUGAAAAUGUAGCUUGUAUCCAGAGUCUCUGUUUGGAUCCACAGUGUCUAAAGAAGGGUCUCUGAGAUUAGGUUGUGCAUAAACACUGGAUUGCAACUA